AAUCAGCUGCUUCCCAGUCGCAGCGCCGCCACCGAAGGGCGCCCUAGAUCUGCCGGCCAUCAGCGCGCCCCUCUUGCUCAGAAGGAGAUGGCUUCGUUGGUGCUCAGAUCCGCCGGCCGCGUGGUCCGGCGAUCCAUCCCGCAAGUGUCCUGUCGCCGGUCGCCCAUCUCCGGUUCCGCCGGGAACACCAAGCUCAACAAGUACUCCACCUCAUCCUCGGGUCAGCAGGUGAGUAAGGUGAACGAGGUGAACUAUGAGGACCUUAUUGAGGAGAAGAGCAAAGAGCUGACUCGUGUCGUAGGUGAACUGAAGAAAGAAUUUAAAGAACUCGAGUUGGUGUUGGAGAAAAAUGACGCCCGUGCCAGAAGGCUCGCUAUGCAGAGACCAUUCAAGAUGUUAGCUGGUGCCACAGUUGGUUUUCUCCUUGGCUUUCAUACUCACAAGUACAUUAGUGACUGAGUCGUUAGGGGCAGAGAGAGAGAGAGAGAGAGAGAGAGAGAGAGAGAGAGAGAGAGAGAGAUCAGCAGGAGACCUCUAUUUUGCUGCUAAUCCAUGUGAACUUUGUGUUACCUAAUGCCUAAUGCCUUGUAGAUGUUGGACUGUACUCGAUCUCGUCAGGAACUUGAGUAAGCAUCCGGCAAUGUUUAUCACUUCGUUUAGGGGGAUGAAA